AUGGUACGCCCUAUCGUCCCCACCCGCGGAGGCAGUGGAGCCCCUAUCACCGAACAUGUGGGCAUCUUCACUAUCCCAAGCGGUGCAGUCGGCAGCUUUGUGUUCUCCAACGCCUUCUCAAGGUCCAAUUCCAAUGAAAAGGAUGACCACGUUGACGACCCAAAAGGCCCUCUUGGGCUCACCGUCUUGUUCACUCCGGAAGAGCCGCGGUUUGACUUGAUUUUUGUCCAUGGCCUCGGUGGAGGAUCUAGGAAGACUUGGAGCAAGACAUCUCAGCGUGACCAUUUCUGGCCGCAGGAAUGGCUGCCAAAGGAUCCUUCUUUUCGUCAUGUUCGUAUUCAGACAUUCGGCUAUGACUCCGACUAUCUGAAGGGGGGAGAUGAUUGUCUGAAUGUGCACCACUUCGGAAAGUCGUUUCUUGCUGCGCUUAGCACUUCGCCAUGCCUUUUACAGUCCACUUCUCCUAUAGUCAUCGUAGCCCAUAGUAUGGGCGGGCUUGUGAGCAAGAAGGCCUACAUAUUGGCUAUGCAGGACGCCGCACACAACGAAUUGGCAAAGCGCUUCGCGGCCAUCUACUUUCUCGCGACUCCUCACCGUGGCGCCGACUCCGCGAAGCUUCUGAACAACAUACUCAAGGUUGCUUACGAUCGGUCUUACGUGGCAGAUCUAAAGCCAAACUCGGGGACCAUCCAGAUUAUUAACGACGAGUUCCGCCAUUACUCUUCGAGUAUUCAGCUCUGGUCUUUCUAUGAGACGAAGAGCAUGAAAUUCUCUAAUACGCCCAUUGUUGAUCCGGAGUCGGCUCUGCUGAACUAUCCUGAAGAGAAGCAGACUCCCAUGGAAGCCGACCAUCGCUCCAUUUGCAAGUUCGAGUCUGUGUCUGAUCCCAACUAUCAGAUCCUGAGAAAUGCAUUGUCGGCUACUUUUAAUGAGAUCAGCUCCACUCGAGUGAGCCAAAUAUCAACGGUUGACAAGUCUCAAGAAACCAGCAAAAGUUUCAGAAAGCAGUUCGGAAUAGUCGAUGAUGUCGACAAUGACCUCGUCGAUGCACGUGAGGCCAGAAUUGGUGGUUCAUGCCAGUGGAUUUUCAACAAGACUAGUUAUUUCGAAUGGGAGAGUGAGAGCCCGUCAAGAGCAAGCGUUCUUUGGGUCUCGGGCAUGCCCGCAAGUGGAAAAUCUGUACUAGCAGGGUCAGUCAUUGACCGCAUCCGUGGGAAUGGCCUCAACUGCAGUUACUACUUCUUCAAGCAUGCAUAUCUUGCCAAGACUAGCCUAGGCCGGUGUCUUCGAUCACUGGCUUAUCAAAUGGCCUGUUUAGACACAAGUUCUGGCAAUAUUGCCCGGAAGCUGCUCGAAGACGGUAUUUGCUUGGAUGACCUUGACGAUCGAGCAUUCUGGAGGGCAAUCAAAACUGCUGGCUUCUUUUCGUCGACCAAAACGCCCCAUUACUGGGUUAUCGAUGCCCUAGAUGAGUGCAACGACCCUUCCUUUCUUCUCCAGAGUAUUUUACCAAAUCUGGGUGACUCAAUGCCUCUGAAGCUGUUGAUCACAAGUCGUUACACCGCCAAGCUGAAUGAAGGGUUUGCUAGUGUUCCAGUUAAUAGGGUACGGUCUCUAUCCAUCACUGCAGAGGACACAAUCUCAGACCUCGGCCGUGUUGUUGACUCAAGAAUGCCAAACUUGAGGGUCGUUUCAGCAGAUCAGCGGGACUCUCUUGCUGAAAAGAUUCUACAAAAGGGCAAGGGGUCAUUUCUUUGGACGACUCUGGUUCUUGCGGAACUUGAAUUGUGCCACAGCAAGAAAGAAAUCGACCGUGUGCUGGAGGAGAUCCCAAGAGGGAUGAAACCUGUCUACAGACGCACUCUGGAAACAAUGUCACAGGCCUCGCGGGGCAAACCUCUAUCCAAAGCCAUCCUUAUGUGGGUAGCGUGUGCCGUUCGUCCACUAUCUCUCGACGAAUUGAAUGAGGCUUUGUCUCUGGACAUAAAAGACACCUUCCCAAGGCUCAAGGAAAGCAUCGCUGCGCUUUGUGGGCAGUUGGUAGUCAUUGACAAGUCUGGCCGAGCUCAGAUGGUGCACGAGUCCGCACGAGAGUUUGUUUUGAGUGAUAGAAGUAUUUCCGAUUUCUACAUCGAGCCUGGAAAAGCCCAUAUGCGAAUAUCUCAGGUUUGCCUGGAAUACUUGACAGGGGAUGAGAUGAAGCCUCCACGGGGUCGACGGGGCCCUCGGGUUCUCAAGGACGCCCGUGUAUCAAGAACUCCUUUUGCUCGGUACGCUUUGGAGUCGUAUUCGCAUCACCUAGCCAUGUCUUGUUGUCCCGCUUCGGAGACUCUUCCGUUACUGGAGAAUUUUUUGAAACUCAACGUACUCACUUGGAUUGCCGAAGUUGCUGGCUCAGGUCGGUUGGGCCAGCUCACUCUUUCGUCGAAACAUCUCAAAUCAUAUGCCGAUAAUCUGUCAAACCGCCAUCCAGAACUCAAGUCGAGGAUUCAAGUCUUGAACAAGUGGGUGACUGACUUGGUCCGGAUCCCAGCCGUCUUUGGGACGGCCUUACUGGCAUCACCCUCGGCUAUAUAUGCGACAAUACCACCAUUUUGUCCAAGGAGGUCUAUGAUACGCAAUACAACUGGCAUUUCCCGGCAAAUUUCAGUGUUGGGGGACUCUCCAGAGCGCUGGGAUGAUAGGUUAUUCUGUUUGAAUUUUCAACCAGCUCAGCCGACCAGCGUUUGCUAUGGAGAUGAGCUUUUGGCCGUUGGGCUAAGAUCAGGAACAGUAACACUCUACUUCUCCACAUCACACCAAAAACACAAGUCGUUGGAUCACGGAGAGUCGGUGAGGUUUAUAGCCUUCAAGAGCAAAAGCGACCUCAUGGCAACGUGUGGCAUGAAGGUGAUGAAAGUCUGGGAUGUGAGGACUGGCACUGAGAUGCACUCCUUUGAAUGCCCACCACACCCUAUGGGCAUUGGGUUCUAUAAAGAGUCUCUACUGGUUGCCUGCCGAAAGAACUAUGUGGCUUCUUGGGAUUUGACAGUGUGCUUCGGGGAGCCACUCCAGAUUCCAUGGACCAGUGCCCUUGACGUUGCUCACUCUUCGGCAACCCGCACUCCAUCCAAACUGGAUAUCUCAGUGUCUCAUGGGUUGUUGGCUGUGGCGUAUUUUGGAAGACCUAUAAUACUGUGGGAUCUGGAGGAAGAAUCUUACAUUGGAUCUUGCGGUAAAAAGCUGUCCAAUGGUGAGACUAGCACACAUGCUGUUGUUGCUCUUGCUUUCAGCCCAAACCCCAUCAUCAGCUUACUCGCGGUUGCAUACCUCGAUGGAGAGCUGGCAGUGCUUGAUCCACUUGUAGACGAAGAGUUGAAAUCCCUUCGUGCAGACUGUGACACUCUUGCCGCGAGCCCCAAUGGCCACCUUCUCGCAGCUGGUGGCGCUCGUGGGGUCAUCACCGUCUACAAGUUCGGUACGCUUCAACUGCUAUACCGAGUCAAGUCAACGAACACACCAAUCAACGGCCUCGCAUUUUCCCAAGACAGUACGCUUCUCGCCGAUAUCAGAUCAACACAAUGCACUGUCUGGGAGCCGGACAUACUCUCCGGAAACACUGUAGACGACGGUGGCAACAGUGGUACCGCCCCAGAAGUCGGCGUGCAGACUCUUUCAAUGGUCGCUUCAACUAAAAUAUUGAUGGUGGUAACCGAUCCUUCUACCAACAUGAUCAUAUGUGGCAAGGAAGACGGUUAUAUCGAUAUUUAUGAUCGUAGGAGAGGACUCAAACUACAGACUUUGGAAUGCCACAAGAGGUUCCCGCUUCGGCUUAUGGCCUGGUGCGGUGCUAGAAAUGCCCUCGUCAGCUUAGACUGCUCAAAUAGGCUCCUUAUACAAAAUAUCGGCACCGAAAGUAGCACCGAACAGACAGAGUCGGCAGACACCAUUCUGCUAUUCGAGUGCCGUAUUAAAACGGACACGCCGCCAUUUGAAUUUCUUGUCGAAGGGCAAGGCUCAAAAAUGGUCAUUUCGACACAUACGUCUGAUCACAUGCUCGAUCUCUACGGAAAUGAACCUGAAAGACGACGCGAGUGGGCAUGGUCCGAAAGUGCUGUUGAAGCAAAUCGCAAAUGGGUUCACUUGCCACAAUCACCACAUCAGGUUGCGCUUGUCGAUCGGAGCGAGAUUCGUAUCUACAACUGGUCUGACUGGUCCGAAGUCGCAGUGUUCCCUUUAGCCACCGAAAACCUUACAGUACAUGUCAAAGCAGCAACUAUUUUCUCUGGUGGGCACAACCCAAGACUCUUCUUGGAAGUGGCAGAUCAAUGUAAUCUGCUUAGUACAAGGCGUUUACUCUUGUUCGACGCGAGCAGGUUGGAGGUCGCAAAGGGCUCGCGUAAAGGGGCGUCUUUAAUAACAGGUCUCGAUGAACAGCCUCGGUGCAUUAGCGGAGAUGAUUGCAAUCCAUCAAUUAGCCUGCCAGAGAUGGAUGACCAGACUCAACAGCUGCCUCUCUUGGAUUUGGGUUUGCAGUAUCUUGACGGGGAAGUAUCACAUCCUAGAACCGACAUCGGGACGUUGGACAUUGACACGCAACUGCCCUUCAGCAACAUGGAGCCACCAGGAUCCUUUACACGUUAUGCUCCAGGGAGCCAUGCAGACUUUAUGAACCUCGCGAUCGAGGAGGCACGCAAAUCCCGCCCGGAACCGGGCAAGUUCCGCGUGGGCGCAGUGCUCGUCGACGAGGCCACGGGUAACGUGCUAACACGGGGCUACUACCUUGAAUAUCCAGAUGGACACAAUGGCAGUCCCGGCAGCGUCCACGCGGAGCGCGUCUGCAUAAUCAAGGCUGCCGAGCUGUACGGCGUGUCCGAAGCAGAGGUCGGGACGGUCCUGCCACCCAACUGCGCUGUAUAUACGACCAUGGAGCCGUGCAUUGCGCGUCCGAGUCGGGACAAGUCGUGCGUCGACCGGUUGCUCGAGGUGAGGCAGGCUGUGGGGACCGUGUAUGUGGGCAUCCGCAUGCCGGGCACAUCUCCUGAUGCGGACGAGCCCGUAAUGUGGAGGCUGGAGGCAAGGGGGAUCACGGUUUUGUAUCCUCUCCCCGAGUGGAAGUCCAAGCUUACAAAUGUGGCCAAGGGCGAAGAGUGA